CUAAACUUUGCAGGACACCGGUCCUCCAGAACCAAGCCUGGACAUGCUGGUGUACAUAGACAAAAGUGCCAACCUGAUUGGUGGAGAAAGUUCUGGUGUGGCCAGGCCCGGAGCAAGCUGAACUGCCGCUCUGGGCAAAGGACAGUCACGCCGCCCUCAACCCUGAAGUGAAAGUGGAAAUGGGGGCGCCUGGACACAGAUAUAACUGAGGGUAUACGGGUGGUGAGGAUAGUGUCGGAAACGUCGUCCCCUCUAUUCUGCCACCAUAGGCAGCCGCCUAGGUCGCCUCAAUGGACGCGCCGGCCCUGGGUGUGGCGCAUCAAAACAAAAACCCGAGCAUGAGGCGUUUCUCUAAAGACGAGGCUUUUACGCCUGCUGCUUCACAGAGAUCACAUUGACGCUCUUAUUUAGUCACGAGGUGUUGAACAUCAACGGAAAACGUCAGCAGAAAGUAUCCUGGUGUGCACGGGCCUCAGGAGAUCUCUCUGCUGGAGAUACCGCUGUACUCAAGAACAAACACGUGUCAAUAAAAGUCUUCCACACACCGCAGGAACGCUCUUACAGAUCAUUUUAGCAGUUUUAUAACCUUGACUUUUCCAAACCACGGUAUGCCGUGAAAACGGUUAUCAUGCCAUGGCUAGUGAGGGCUGAUGGAGGGGGUUUGGCCAGGACACCGCGGUUACACCGCCACUGUUUACCAGAAGUGCCGUGAGAUUAUUGAUGAGCAGAGUCAGGAGCUCGGUUUAACGUCUCAUCUGAAAGACGGCGCUCACUGACAGUGUAGAGUCCCCUUCACUAUACUGGGGCAUUAGGACCCACACAGACUGCAGGCUGAGCGCCCCCUGCUGGCCUCACUGAGGCGCCUUUUUUUAAAUGUUUUUUAACUAACGGUGGUGAGCGUUGUGCACGCUGCUUAUGCACCCUGCGAUUCAACCACCUGCUGCACCUCAGCCCCUAACACCACUGCCAACAGCAGCCGAGUGUCCCCUGUGCUCUCCCGUCCAGACUCGGACCCGCCUCAGCCCUGCUCAGCCUCAGUGAGGGAGUCGCUGUCUUCAACACUGCUUAAGGUCAUCAACAGAACAGGGAACUCAGUUCAUCUCAGACACCGACUCCUUUCCUUUUUUGUGGAUAUAAGCUGAAGAGUGUGAGGAACCAUCAGCUGCUCAGGCUUUCUCCUGUAUAACCAGCGGCCGGAUCUACAUCUCCCCUAACAGACCCAGACCAGCUGAAGAUAACAUCACUCCUGCACCUGUCCAUCCUGUUCUGUUAUCACAGCUCAGAUCAUGAAGGAGAUCAUCCACACACACACACGCGCACACGCACGCACACACACACACACGCACACACACUUCCUGUCACUCUGCCUUCAAAGGCCUCAGUGUGUGUGUGUGUGUGUGUGUGUGUGUGUGUGUGUUUGUUUGUUUGUGUUUAACUCCUCAGCUUAGAGCAGUGUGUGUGUGUUUGUAACUUUGCUCCUGAGCUCAAAACAGGAAAGUCGUGUGUGUGUGUGAGACUCCCCAGAGCAGCUGCACUGGUGUGUGUGUGUGUGUGAGAGAGAGACUCCCCUGCUCAGAGCAGCUGUACUGGUGUGUUUGUGUGUGUGUGUGUUCUCCACAGUAAGAUGCUCCUGCUCCUCGUCCUCCUCCUCCUGCUGCUGCUGGUCUCCCCGCUGCUCCUCCGGCGGUUCUCCCCGCUCCUCUGGCCGGAUCUGCUGUAUCACGCGCGGCUGCUGCGGGCGCUGCUCCGCUUCGAGUCUCGGCGGCGGCGGCGGCCGGUGUUCCUGCCGGUGGACCGGUUCCUCCAGCAGGCGGAGGCGCGCCCGCACAAGCCCUUCAUCGUGUUCGAGGGUCAGACGCUGACCUACAGAGACGCGGACCGGGAGAGCAACCGGAUCGCGAACGCGCUGCUGCGGGAGUGCGGAAUGCGCGCGGGCGACACGGCGGCGCUCUUCAUCACCAACCAGCCCGCCUUCAUCCUCUGCUGGAUCGCGCUCGCUAAACUGGGCUGCGCAUGCGCACUGCUCAACACCAGCAUCCGGGACGACAGCCUGAUCAGGAGCUUCCGGUGCUGCAGAGGCGCCAAAGUGCUCAUCGCGUCCGCAGACCUGCAGGCGGCGGUGCAGCAGGUGUGUGUGCCGCUGCAGCAGGAUGGAGUGUGUGUGUUGAUGAUGGGGAUGGAGUGUUCAGGGAUGAGGAGUCUGAGCAGAGCAGCGCAGGAGAGUUCAGACACCGCCGUACCUGCAGCAGUCAGAGCACACCUGACCAACAACACACCUGCUGUCUACAUCUACACAUCUGGCACCACAGGUCUCCCUAAAGCUGCAGUGAUCACUCAGACGCGUCUCCUGGCCUCUCUCGCUGUGCUGCCGUCGAUUGGCGUCACACACACUGAUGUGCUUUACGUGACGCUGCCUCUGUAUCACACCGCCGGCUUCCUCAUCGGCUUCAUGGGCUGCGUGGAGACAGGCUCCUCCAUGGUUCUCCGCCGUAAGUUUUCAGCGUCUCGGUUCUGGGACGAGUGUCGGGCUCACGAGGUCACCGUGGUGCAGUACAUCGGGGAGAUCCUGCGCUACCUCUGCAACACACCACAGCUGACUGAAACCCUGAGCAGAUUUACAGAGCUGGCAGAACAGUGUGGUCAGUGAGGACAUGUGUGUGUGUGUGUGUGUGUGUGUGAGUGUGUGUUACAGCUGUUACUCUCUGUAAACUGACCCCAGCACAGUGCUUCUUCUAUAGAGCCGCAGUUUUCCUCCCCCUCCUCCUCCUCCUCCUCCUCCUCCUCCUCUUCCUCCUCCUCCUCCUCCUCCUCCUCCUCCUCCUCCUCCUCCUCCUCCUCUUCCUCAGGGUUCUGGGUGUGGUCAGUGAAUAUUGGUAUUAGCACACUGAAAGCGGAUCCCGCUCAUGUGACAGCGCCGUCAGCCAAUGGGAGCAUGCGCUGAGGGCAGGGCUGGAUCUGGGAAUAGCUGCUGGCCUUUACUGGGAAACUGAUCUUCUGAAUGCAGCAGGACACGUGGAGCACUAUGACCUCACUGCAAGAAGGUCGCAGGUUUGAGUCUCGGCUGGGUCAGUUGGUGUUUCUGUGUGGAGUUUGCAUGUUCUCCCCGUGUUGGUGUG